AUGUUGAAGGUGACGCUGCUUGUUGUUUGCUUUGUCGGAGCGCAGUGCUCGUGGUUCGAUUUUCCGGAGUGCGAGAAGUGUCCCGCAGCCCUUGCUGAUGCCGGCUCGGACAUGAGACUCGCAUGGGAGACCGCCGAGCGCUUCUUUAAUCACAUUUGCGCACAGAACUCUAAGACGGAGAUAAACUGUUUGAAACUGUUUCUCUCGGCUAAGGACAUCGCAUACAGCGUGAACGACAUGAUAUUUCCCAGAAAGACAGAGGAUGUCAAUAGGUCACUCUCAUGCGCCCAUGUUUUGAGAAUGUGCGAAGAUCGUGAUGCAGACGGUCACGAAUUACCGAGAAACGUGUUCAGUUGCCAAAGUUGUGAAACGCUGUUCAACGUUACCAUUACGCUUCUCAAGAACCCGAUUGACAAGCUUAACAAAGCAGCCGCUGACAUACUGUGCGUUGGUGCUCCUGAAAGCUGCCGUUCUGAGUUCCUCGACAUCGUGGAAAUCGUAGGCGCCGUUGGAAAAAUGUUCCGUGGAAAGUUGGAGAUAAAGAAAGUGUGCGAAGAUGUCAUGUCUUGCAAGUAA